AUGAGUAAGAAGGAUAUUGACGAGUUCUUUGAGAAAGAAGAUCAAAAUGUCUUUUUAUCUCUUCUUAAUGCUACUGAAGAAUGGCUCUAUGAUGAAGGUGAAGAUCAACCUAAGAAAGUGUAUGUGGAAAGUUUGACAGAAUUGAAGAAAUAUGGUGAUCCAGUACUAGAGAGAGAGAAGGAAUACUUACAUCGUGACACUACCUUUAAUGAAUUAGGUCAAACAAUUGUUCGAUUUGAAAAGUUCCUAUUGGAACAUGAAGCUGGGGAUGAAAAAUAUGAUCAUCUUGAAGAGUCUGAUAUUGAGAAAGUAAAAGAGGCUGUUGCUAAGAAACGAGAGUGGAUGGAAACGAAAAUGCAAGCUCAACAAGCCACACUCCUUACAGAUGAUCCAAUUGUCAAAGUAUCAGAAAUAAGAAUGACCACAGAAGUGAGUUGUUACUAUUUUAUUGAUCAUAUUAAAUGA